UGGAGAGCAAGAAGAAGAGCACAGCAAAGCAAACACUUUCCCUCCUUUCCAUCCCCCCUCCCCUCAAUCAAUCCGCCGACUGUUCCGUUUAUUUAACCGAGCCGUCCCAUUCUUGGAGAGCAAGAAGCACGCCACCACCUCGCCCCAAGAAUCCCCACCCCUCCCCGCUCCCCCCGCCCGCGGACAGAUCCGGCGACUGACAAGCCAUGGUGUCCAACGGGGAGCUGUCGCAGCCGCAGGCGGGGGAGUACGGCCUCGCCGUGAUGCGCCGCCGGCCCAAGACCAAGAUCGUCUGCACGCUCGGUCCGGCCUCGCGCUCCGUCGACAUGAUCGAGAAGCUGCUGCGCGCCGGCAUGUGCGUCGCCCGCUUCAACUUCUCCCACGGCUCCCACGACUACCACCAGGAGACGCUCGACAACCUGCACGCCGCCAUGGAGCGCACGGGCAUCCUCUGCGCCGUCAUGCUCGACACCAAGGGUCCAGAGAUCCGUACUGGAUUUUUGAAAGAUGGGAAGCCUAUCCAGUUGAGAAAGGGCCAAGAAAUUGUGAUCUCCACAGAUUAUAGCAUAAAGGGGGACGACAAGAUGAUAUCGAUGAGCUAUAAGAAGCUAGCAGUUGAUCUGAAGCCAGGCAGUGUCAUAUUAUGCGCUGAUGGUACCAUCACUCUUACUGUGCUUCAUUGUGACAAAGAGCAAGGUCUUGUUCGCUGCUGUUGUGAGAACACUGCUAUGCUUGGUGAGAGGAAGAAUGUCAAUCUUCCAGGGGUCGUUGUUGAUCUCCCAACACUCACUGAAAAGGACAAGGAGGAUAUCCUUCAAUGGGGUGUCCCGAACAAGAUUGACAUGAUUGCUUUGUCGUUUGUCCGCAAAGGUUCAGAUCUUGUGGAGGUCAGGAAGGUACUUGGGGAGCAUGCUAAGUCAAUAAUGCUGAUGUCAAAGGUUGAGAACCAGGAAGGAGUAGCUAACUUUGACGAUAUCCUGGCACAGUCUGAUGCUUUUAUGGUGGCAAGAGGUGAUUUGGGGAUGGAAAUUCCUGUAGAGAAGAUCUUUUAUGCACAGAAGGUGAUGAUUUUCAAGUGCAACAUUCAGGGCAAGCCAGUUGUGACCGCAACUCAGAUGUUGGAGUCUAUGAUCAAGUCUCCUCGCCCUACUCGAGCUGAAGCAACCGAUGUUGCCAAUGCAGUUCUUGAUGGCACUGACUGUGUCAUGCUCAGUGGUGAGACAGCUGCUGGAGCUUAUCCAGAACUGGCAGUGCAAACUAUGGCCAAGAUCUGCUUGCAGGCCGAGUCAUGUGUGGACUAUUCUGCUGUUUUUAAGUCAAUCAUGUCAUCAGCCCCAAUUCCCAUGAGCCCAUUGGAGAGCCUUGCCUCAUCAGCUGUCCGCACAGCGAACUCAGCCAAGGCGACGCUUAUCUUGGUACUGACCAGGGGAGGAACAACUGCAAGGCUUGUAGCCAAGUAUAGGCCAUCCAUGCCGAUACUGUCUGUCGUGGUUCCUGAGCUCAAGACGGUCGAGUUUGACUGGAUCUGCAGCGACGAGGGGCCUGCCAGGCAAAGCCUUAUCGUGAGGGGUGUGAUCCCUAUGCUGAGUGCUGGCACUGCCAAGGCGUUUGACAGCGAAGCCACGGAAGAGGCGCUGAGGUUUGCCAUGAAGAACGCCAAGGAGAUGGGGCUUUGCAACGCUGGUGAGUCCAUUGUGGCCCUUCACCGCAUCGGGAAUGCAUCUGUCAUCAAGCUCUUGACCGUGUAAGCUAGUGGCAGCGACAAUGCAACACCAUUUUGCCCGGGGAUUUUCCUUUUUUUGCGAGGCUACGCAUACCCACAGUUUUUUGCUGCCAAGAUUACGGCAGUGCAACCUGGUUAAAACUUUGUGUUAUCAAGUUGUGGCUGUUUAUUCUUUAUGAGAGGGGUUAGCCAUGGAAACACCAAAACUAUUAUCGCAGCAGCUUGUUUUGCUACUACUACUAUAACUUGUAUGCAACGAUUGAACUACCUGAUAGUUGCUUCACUUCA